AUGUUCGCCGCGCGCCCCCUGCGGGCUUUCCCGAGCUCAGCUCCAUCACAGCUCCUCCGUCCUCGUCCAGUGCUCAAGCCCAAGCCAAUCGUCCAACCGCGAACUCAAGUCCGCCACCAGUACUACAGAUACAACCAAAGAUACCAGCGGUUUCAAGCAAGCAAGAACCUCUUCAGACGAUGGGUGAACAGACCGACCUUCAAGUACGAAGCCGGGGGUCUCGGCGCUGCUGCUGGAGGCUUCUACGUCUACAAUCUCGAGGUUGUCCCCGUCUCCGGACGACGGCGCUUCAACAUUUUCGGGCCGGAGACGGAGCAGGAAAUGUCAAAGGCGUUCUACAGCCAGAUCAUGCAGGAGUAUCGCGACCGAAUACUGCCGGAUUGGGACAAACGGUCACGGAUGGUGCGCCGAGUGCUGGACCGGCUGAUACCCGCCACGGGCUUGGAGGACUCGAACUGGGAGGUCCACGUCAUCGAGGACGAGCAGCGCAAUGCCUUCGUCAUCCCGGGCGGCAAGGUGUUUGUGUUCUCUGGCAUCCUGCCUGUCUGUGCAAAUGACGACGGUCUCGCGGCGGUGCUCGGUCAUGAGAUCGCGCAUAAUUUCGCUCAUCACAGCGCGGAGCGUUUGAGCAAGGCGAUCAUCAUCUACGCGUUGAUAUUCGGGCUGGAGCUCUUUGUGGGCGCUCCGGGACAGAUCAGCCAGCUUCUGCUGGACCUCGUAUUCACGAGACCAGGCAGUAGGGGCCAAGAGAGCGAAGCGGAUUAUAUCGGUCUGAUGAUGAUGGCCCAAAGCUGUUACAACCCGGAAGAGGCAGCUGCUCUUUGGGGCAGGAUGGCUCAGGUGGAAGAGAAACAGGGGGGAGCUCCGCCUCAGUAUCUAUCCACGCACCCCUCGAGCCACAACCGACAGGAGAAGAUCCGAGAAUGGCUCCCUGAAGCCAAAGAGAAGCAAGCGCUGUCCGACUGCGCGUCCACUUUAGACUACGCGCAUGCCUUUAAACGAGCAUUUGGCGGCGAAUAUACUUGGUAA